AUGGCGAACCGUUCUAUAUACGUCCAUGAAGCCGAGCCACUGCUGAACCAGGAAGAAAACUACGUCUCAGCUUCUCCCUUGGACACCGACCGUUCUACCAUACUCAACCGCUCUGCAAAUUCCCAGAUUGCCCCAGCAGAAGACGAUGACAAGACAAGCACUCCAUCUCUAGCCGAGCAGCUAGAUGAGGGGCAACUCUCACUCUAUGAGAGAAAAUGUCUAUUAAUCGAUCAGGAGAUUGAUCACAUGGGCAUGGGCCGAUACCAAUGGUCGAUCUGGGCAUUGUGCGGACUUGGCUACUUGAUUGACUUGAUGUGGGCUCAAGCCUUUGGUCUUAUCCUAUCUCCCAUCCAGCAGGAGAUGGGCUUCGGUCCUGAUCAGACGGGCAAGUUGUCGACCGCAUUCUCCAUUGGACUGACUGCGGGUGCGCUUGUGUGGGGCCUUUUGGUUGAUGUUAUCGGACGAAAGAGAGUAUUCAACCUCACAGUGUUGCUUGCUUGCGCAUUCGGUACCUUCAUUGCUGUGCCGAGCACGUACUACUCCAUACUCAUCUUCACUGCCCUGACUGGAUUCGGAAUAGGCGAGCAAACGAUAUCUCUUGCCUCUGCUUUCCAUAUUUCAGCCUCUCGGGGUAGUGAUCUGCAGCAUCGUUGCCUAUGGAUUCAUCCCGAACUAUUCUUGCAGUCCAAAUUUCUCGGAGAAGAACCCUUUACCAGCAUGUAG